CCUCGUACCUCGUCUCGCAGCUCGCGAGGAAGCGAGUGCCUGUUUACACUCUCGUGCGUUCGGUUUGCGUUGAGCCAGCAACGCUCGCAUCCCUCGCGAGGCCUUUGACUCGUGCCCAAAAAACCGCCUCCGAGGCGAGCGCCGCGCCGCGAGUGGCGAGGCGAGGCACGAGGAAGCGUUUACUCUCUCGCCUGGCGCCUCGCCUCGUAGCUCGCUUCGCCACUCGCGCGAGAGUGUAAACCGGCUAUUAGAGUUAUUAUCGUGCCUGAAUCAAAAUACACACUUAAAUCAUAAAACUAAAUUCAUAUUAAUUGUAAUGUAAUGUGUGCAAGGGGUACUAGCUAGCGCGCUAGUACCUUCGCUUCGCUUCGGCUUCUCGGCUUAUUUCGGCCAACUUUGGCUCGCCGUCAUAGAGUAAUAGUAGAUUCUCUGGAUUCUAUACGAAGUAUCUUCUUGGUACUCUGUGGGUGAAAUUGACUGGACUGCACAUACAGAGUUACUGAGUAAUCUAUGGCUUCAUCCAAAAAGUGUCAAAACGUUUGCAAGGAAUCAGAACGUGAUCAGAACAAUAUAAUCUAUCAAGGACUAUACGAAUUAUAAGCUGAACAUUGUUAUUGAUACGCAAGCAAUUUAACUGUAGUAUUUUCUAUUAUUGCAUGGAUAUUGUAAUUUAUCUGAAGGAAAACUAUUACUGACCAGUGACCACUACUCCAUUUGAGGAGUAGACAGUUAACUAAAGACCCAGAAAAGACAACAAACAAAAAAAACAAACCGUAUUUCCUUAAUAAAAUGAAUAUGCAACAAAGAGAAGAAAAACAACUAGAGACUACGAUUCAAGCAAUAAUUAAUCGAGUCAAUGAUUUAAAAACUGCAAUCCAAGCACUCAUUAAUAAAUUAGAAACUGAAUAUGAAACAAUUAACUGGCCUACAUUUUUGGACAACUAUGCAAUUUUAUCUGGACACUUAACAGGACUGAGUAAAAUACUACAAGCUGAACUUGCAGCGUCACUGAGGUCACGUAUUGUAUUGCCACUUCAAUUGAGCUGUGAGCGUGAUGAAGCAUUGGCUAGAUUAACAGAAGGGCGUGUUCCAGCAUGUACACAUGAUCUAGUACCAGAUUUACUACGUACUAAGCCAGAACCUCAAGCUGAACAAAGACUUCAACAAUUUAAUCAUAAAGCCAGUACAUUAAGUUAUGAUACUGCACAGAAACAAGUUGCUCAAUUCACAAAAGUAGUAAGCCAUGUAUGGGAAAUAAUAUCGAAAGGUCGUGAAGAUUGGGAUGGGGAUUCCAUGCGAUCGGCUGGGAUGCAACCGACUCAUAGUAUUUCCGAUACACAUGCACUGGUGACUGCCGUGGGAACUGGUAAAGGAUUACGACCUGGUAUACCAUCUAUAGUUCCGCAAGGUGUUGCGCCAGGCAUGGGCCCAUCCAGGGGCCCAGCUCCACAACUUGGUCAGCCUACUCCUUCAUUGCCGAAAGCGCCAUCUGCUAUUAAAACCAACAUCAAAGCAGCAAACCAGAUUCAUCCCUAUCAACGUUGAUGGUUAUGUAACUGAAUAUAAUUUAAUAAAUAACUGAAAUAUUA